UAAAUACAGAAUUAAUUGAUUUGGAAAAAACAUGAAAUAUCAAAUAUAGUCUAAGUAAAUAUCAAAUAAGUAAGUAGGUGCUCUAUAUACUUGAUUGUUCCAAUGCCAGCUGCUUGAGAGAGUUUGAAGAGAAAAUGGAUUCUUUCAAUUUGCUGGAGUCAAAGAUAACUCAUUUUACAUCAUAUGAUGACAUCUCUUUUUACCUUGGUUCGAAUGUGUCCAACUGUCCACAAAAAAUAUCGAAUAAUUUUGUGAAAAACUUCGGUGUUCUGAUCGACCAGGCAAUUCGUGACGAGAGCCUUCAAAAUGUUGGGGUCAUAGUUCAAGUUUUUAAUCACCUAUUACAACAAAACCAACCCGAUACAAUUCAAGUUUUAAUUUCAUGUGGAUUUCAUGAACAGUUUGGUGUUAUGCUCGGUUUUGCUUUCUCUCAAGUCAGCUUGAAGAAAUUACCAAAACCUGCUGGUGAUCAACUUUAUCUUACUCUUCUUCGGUUGAUUGUGGAUUAUUGUAGAAAUAUGAAUGAUCAUUUCAACUGGUUUUUUCAAAACUUGUUGCAAAAAAUUACUUUCAUUAUAUCGGAUUGCACAGUGUAUUAUGUCAUCAGGAUGCAGACUGCAGAAAAAUUUCUUGAAAUAUUUUCUGAUGAAGACAGAGAGGCUGUUGAGUUUUUACGGGAUUCUAUCGGACAAAAUGUGGAGGUUUAUGGCCAAAUUUGUGAGAAGGCAUUCAAGAGUUUGCCACAUGUAGGAGAUUUUCAACUACAAGAAUCCAUUGUUGAGCUGAUAUUUCGUAUGUGGCCUUCCAAUGUGAGGAAAAGUAAAGUCAUGAAAUGGUGUGAAGGCAAUCAGCAGUUGCUGACAAAGUUUCUUGCCAUUUCUUAUGACAAGUUUGAUUAUGGCGUCCGUAUAUUCUUGAAUGACGUGAAUUCAUCUAGUGCCAAGAGAAAGGUUCUCACCUUGAACUACAUGGAGUUACAAAUCGGAGAGCAAACUCUCGUUCCGUGUAAUCAAUGGAAUAAUUGUGUUGAUUUUUGUUACGAAAGCAAAGAUCUUUCCAUGAGAUUUCCAGUUGAGGAAUCAUCAGAACAGCAUAAAGGUUCCUGGAUCACAGGCUCCAUUGAAGCAGCAGAUCUGGUUUCGUUCAGAACUUCAGAAAACCCCGUAAUGAGAAGCAUAGACCUUCAUAUUGAGUUUGAAAGUUUCACUUCACAAGUUUUGAAAGAGUUUGAAUUGAUGGACGAGCUCGCCACAAACCUGGUCAUUCGAUUUUAUAGAGUUGCGCCCCUGGAUGCAAGUCAUUUAUUGAAAUUCACAAGCAGUCUGUUUGGUAGCAAAUAUGCUUCAAUGAAACAGAAGAGAAAAGGUUUUGUGUCAAGACCUCAAACAAUGCUGAUUAUGAACCAGGAUCACAGCCAACAUUCUGAUCACAAUACAAGCAGAAACAAUACAUCGUUCAUUAAUAUGCCUGAAGCUAAUGGCUCUUUGCCUUCCUCUCAGAAGAUGAGUCGAACUGCGUCUGUGAAAAAUUCUCAGAAACUCAGUCAAUCUGUUGCAAGAGGUGAAAUCCACAGACCUACGCAAGAUAUUGUUCCAAGCAGUCAACCAAGACGCCAAACAUCUAUUUCUGAUAACACACAACAAGCUUCUCAGCAGAGGAAAUUGUCAAAUUCUUCCAGACAAAUGCUUGCUCAGGGGUCUCAAAGAUGCCAUGGAGCGUCAAAGCCAUCAAGUGCUUGCAUUAUGAACAAAGUUCCAAUUAUAUCAUUGCGAGAUUUGUGUGAGACUCCGGUAACUUCCAGAAAACCUCAUCAAGGAUCUAUCUCUUCUCAAGUAAUGAGAGAAAACAAAAUGAUGAAUUAUCUGGCUAUGCAUGCUGUGACUAGUGGAAGAAAAAGCACAGACACUUUUGGAAUUUCCCAUGACAACACUUCACAAACAACUAGAUCUGGCGGCGCUUCACGUCAAGAAGCCAUGAGUCAUGUUGCAUCACAAAGAAUGGGGUUAUCGAAAUCAAUUAGUAAUUCUAAUCAAACGAUGAGUCGAGCUUCGUUGCAAAAAUCUGAUCCAGCAAUUUCAAGAUCAAAAAGCUCUGUUGCAUCACAAAGAGUGGGUUCUGUUUCAGAAGCAUCAAGUCAUGCUAUGUCACAAAAAGUUGAGUCAGCACGAUCAGUGACUUAUUCAGCCUCUUCUAUGAUACGGAAUUUGCCAAAAUCAAACAAGUCAACCGUGAAAAAGUCAGAAUCGAAGCAUGAUCCUGCAGCAGGGAGUUAUGGUGGCAACAGCAGUGACGAGUUCAAGAAUUCUUCCAAAAAUAAAAAGCAAAGACCAAUCUGUGAAAUAGUCAAAGAAGCCGGGAACACUAGUGUUGAGUGGAAGGACAUUGUUCCAGAGACUCAGGCUGUUUUAAACAAUUCUACUCUCAAUCCACUUGAUGUUGAUGCAAACAUCUCCACUGAUUUGAUGCUUUCUUGUCUGCAUGGAGAAGAACCUCGAAAAUCACCUCCAAAACCUGCCAAAUCUUCUGAAAAAUCAAAGACGAAAACAACAUCUUCUAAGAUGGUUUAUGUUGAUAUUCAUAGGAAAGUUAUGAAAAAUUCAUCGAAAACUUCACAGAAAUUGAAUGACAGCAUUUCUCCUGAAUUCCCAUCUCAAGUUCUAUCUGCUGUCAUCACAAAUCAAAGCCAAAAUGCAAAUUUAAAAAAGAAAAAUGCUUCAUCUGAUAUUGCUACUAUUCCUGAAGAUACAAGUGAUGAGCAGAACAAAAUUGACUCUCAUAAAAAUAUUGAAAAAUCUUCACUGCCAGAUGUCAAUGUUCAAAACUCAUCUUCUGUAAAUAAAGGAAAGAAAUCACAAGCUGCUUCAAAAGUCAACACUGAAUUUAAGCAUUUGCAGAAAGAGUUUUCAGACAAAGAGAAUAUUCGGUUUGAUUCUCUACUAAAGGAAAAGAAAGCCAAUGAAAAGAAAGCUUGGGAAAACGUUGUUGGAAAACAGAACAAGAGAAAGAGUGGUAGAUUAUUAUCAGCUAAGAAAAAGAAAAGGUCGCUCAUUAAUACUGAGAUAUCGGAGCCUUUAGAAGACUUGAGUUUAAAUGACCCGAUGCUGCCAGACUUGAAUGAUGAUGUACUGAAGUCAGUUAAAAAGAUGCCAUAUGCUGCUAAGUUCAUAAAAACUCCAAUUGACAAUGAAAAGAAGGUAAACAGAGGAAAGAGAACAAGGACCAGAGAUAAUAAUAUACCAACAGUUGUUGAAAUCUACAAAACUGAAUCGGAAUUAGAAACUGGGGAGACCACAACAACUGAGCAAAGCGGCCGAGAUCAGAAGUCUGGAGAUUCAACUGAACAGACUGAUUCAACUUCUCGAUAUGCUCUGAAAAGGUUGAAUGUGGAUCCAAGACCUGGUGGUUUAGAGAAAGCAAGACAGGAGAAUGACACAGAAUCAGAAAAACUUCUGAAACAAGAAAUACAACUGGACAGACAUACUAGAGCAAAAAAACAGAAAGAACUGGAACUUCCUUUUGCUGAAAUAGAAGAGAUUCCUGUGAUUGAGGAAAGUUUGGAUGAGAUUCAGCCUAUCGAAACUGUCAGAGAUGCUCCAACUUGUAUGGACGAGGAUCCAGUCUUGAUUCCAUUACCUAACCAACUAGAAAUACGUAAAAGAAGAAAAAGUGAAGGAGGCCGACUACUGGAGACAUCGUACCCUUCGGAACCAGAAGUAUUGAAAAAGAAGAGACCCAAAGUUUCUUUCGAUGAAUUUGAUUUCAAUUUGAAAGAUGAAGAAAAUGAUUUUAUAAGUGUCAAAAAGAAAGGGAAAGAUAAAAAAUCGAAACGCAAGAAGAAAGCAAGGUUAUUCGAUUCUUUCUCUGAUGCUGCUUCUGCUGCCAGCUCUGACAUGAGUUGGGUCAAAGAACAUAUAAAGAAGAUCCAGAAUAAAGAAUCUCCAAAACCUAUUAAGACUUAUCUGAUGAAAAACAAGAACAACACUUCACCACUCAAUCUACCAGCACUGGAUUCAUUAACCAACUAUAACAUGCAGGAUAUUUCAACCUCGUCCUCCAACCAAUCUGCCAGUAGCCCUGAAGUUGUGAGACCAGAAGUUACAAAUACCUCCUUGAUGAGUGGAAUAGCAAAGAUGCAAAGCUUUGCAAAAGCAUGUAAUCUUACUUUUGAAGACAUCGUUGGGAACAAAAUGAAUGAUCCACCGCCUCUCAGCAAACCAGAUGAGGUUAGUCCAUUGGAUUUGGAAGAAUUUAACUUUGACCCAUUACCUGACUUCGGUACUUUGACAAAAGCAACAAAAGAAAAAGCUAAAAAACAUGACAUGGAUACUGAAUCUAAUAUUGAAGAACCACAGAUUUCACCUCUCAAGCUGAAUGCUCUCAUCAAUGAAGGACCAGGGGAUAUUGGUGAAACUUUCAUGAGCCGUGAAUAUGAAAAUGAAGUUGGUGAAAAUUUCGUGAAUCAAGAAUCACCAGAUGAGAAUUAUGUGAGCAAAGAUGAAUUUUCUGAUGAACUAAGUGAAAUUUACUUGGACAGAAUGAAAUCUCAUCGGCGACGCAGGGAUAAUGAAAAUGAUGAUGGAGAAACACCAUGGCAUAAGAAAGGGAAUACACUCAAACCUUUCAAAGUUCAUGAACUUGCGAGACUUAACAACAACACUCCUUCAGAAUCUUCUGUUGGAAUGACAAUCAGAGAGAAUAAUAAAAAGAAACCAACAAAGAGAAAGAUAGAACCAAGGUCUUCCCCAGUGAAUGCUUUUGAUGCUUCCAACUAUAAAAGUAAGAAGAAACUCAACAUGAGGUUAGAGCAGGCAUCUUCACGUCAGACGGAUUCCAGCAAUCUAAGCUUGAAUGCAAGUGGGAGAUCUGACUGGUUGUCCAAGCGAAUGAUAAGGAAGAUGGGAAAGUAUAUCAGGGAUGUAAACAAUACUUGGAAUAUGGGAGACUCUGUCAGAAAUGAAGGACUUGAGGUUUUUAAGACCGAAGUAUCAGAAUGCGAACAAAAGCACAACAUGUUAAUGAAAGAGAUGAAAGAACUGCAAUCUCGGCAGUUUUCAUUCAUUCAAAAAUUCAAUGGAAAAGUAGAAAAAGUGAUGGAUAAAGCAGCUAAAAACAUUAUGGAGGUGAAGUCGAGACAUUCUGAUUUUCUGAGGAAACUUCAUCAAACGACAGAAAUACAAAAAGAUGCCAUGGAAGAACUCAGAAGCAAAAUAUCGAAAGAGUUAAGAGAAAUCAUAUUACAAAGCAAAGUAUGAGAAAAGCGAGCAGGGAUUGAACGUAUUUGAGUAUAUUUCGCUCUUUAAGUGUAGUAAUAACAGUCUCAGAUCGAAAUUUUCCUCCUAAAGAUUUGACAUAUAACUUUUAAAACAGCGAUUUCAUUUAGCAUGUGUGAAUACAUAGAAAUCAUUCAUACCAAAGCUUCAUCUUAAUUAUUCUCUAUGUACCAUUUCGACCAUCAAAUUCUGAAUUCACAAUUUGUGCAAACCUAUUGCUACUGACCUUUUUCUUUCAAUUUCUCUGCCCUUAAUGCUCCACGCUCAUCAGAAUACAUAUGGAAAGGUUUUGGUUCCGUACGUGGUUUGACCUUUUUUGGUGGCAGUGCUUUUACUGGAUCAAUUGUUUGAUAUAUUGGAGUAGCACGAAAUGAACUUGCGAUCUGUAGAUGAGUAGGAAUUACUUUACAUUAGAGAUAAUUCAAAGUAGUUUCGUUUGUAAAUUUAUCGACUGAACCUUUGACCGAAAAAAUCAACUACUUCAUUGUCGGACACUCUAAAAAAUAGCAACUACUAGCAAUUUUUACUAUUCCUCUUACACCAAUUACAAUCUGAACGAGACGUCUUUAUACUCAUUUUGCUCAUAACAAGGUACAAGCAGCUACAACUCCAAUACAGAAUAAACUCUUCAAAACAUCAUGUAAUCUUACCGCGGAAUAUUGUUGAAAUAAUAACAAUUCUCUCAAUUAUUUUGGUUUGUUUUGUUCUUUUUGUUUCGCAUUCAAUUUUUCGGUACUCCUGAAGUGUGCGCACGAAGAUGUGGCACAACCUGAACCCCAACCUGGUACACAACCUGAGUUCAGGUUGUGCGCCAUCUUGGUGUGCAUAUUUCAGGAGGUCCAAUUUUUCUUUGUUUUUGUGCAAUUUUUGGUGUUUUUUUUCACAAUGAAUUGAAGUUUUUUUAGCCUAGCAUAUAUAUUGUUAGUAAAUUUUUUUUUCACAAUUGUGUUCGUUUCAACACUGUUUGUUUUUUGAUAAAACUUUAUAUGAAUUAAGCGUGUACUGAUUGUGAUAAUAGC